AUGAACAUACCCUUGGCACUUGGUGAAUGGGUGACAAAAAACUGUUCCUGGUUGCUGCAUGAGCGUCUUUCAAUACGGCUGAGUGGAUUACUGAGGCAAGAACCGUCGAGCUGGGACAAGGUCCAUGGGGCGAGUUGUCUCAACUGGUUAGAGCGCGGAUUUACUGACCAGAAGGUCCGUCGUUCGAACCCAACCUCUGCCUCUCGACUUCCCCUGUCUAGGCUUGGGCAAUCUAGCAGUAUCCCAGCCCUCGCUGAAAUCGUGAAACCCAGCGUUAUGGAUUCACAUUGCGAAAGUUCAUCAGAUGAAGACACUUCAAGCAGUGAGUUGGAGGCACCACCUCCUCCACGACCGGUUGAAAAAAAAAAGCCUCCCUUGUUCACCGUGUUUCCAGACUACGUACCGAAAAUCCCGGAACGUGUGAGUCCACGAUGUCAACUUGAACCACUGGGGAAGGUGACAAGUGUUGUUGACGGAUGCGUUAUUAUUCAAGCAGAUGCUUCUGCACCCGUCAUGGAUACUGGAUCAGCCUUGUUCCUUGAGGGUGGGGAGCCGCUGGGUGAGGUUUAUGAAACCUUCGGUCCUGUGUCCAAACCCCGGUAUAUUGUUGUUCUCCCCAAUUCACUGUGUUUGAUUAAUACAAACACCAGCAAAAGUAGAGGCAAAUCGCACCGUCGACGGCAUCCCGUAACAGAGGUCGUCGUUUUGGAUUCUGACCUCGAGCAAGAGGCCCAAACAACUGGAUCUUCCCCAAACCUUCCAACCAAUCAAGCUAACGAUACCACGAUGGAUGAGAACUUAAGCUCUGUCACAGAUCUGCUGGAACGUAAUCCGUGCGACGCAUCUCUCCAUGAGGGCAUGCAGUUGUGUGCGAACACCAAUGAUACUCCGGGUGAUCACGACGACAUCCCUGCUAAAGGCUUACAGCAGUGUCCGGACAAUAAUCUUACUCUGGACGGCAGCAACAACAUCACCUCCACUGAUAACUGCUCUCCAGACGCGUGCAUAGAUGCUGCGUGUCCGUCUGUGUCUGUAGAGGACACUGUUUACUACGUGAAGGACAACCCUGAGUUAUCUAUUCCCGUAUUUUAUUCGCAGCUAGUUCAAAUGAAGGGGUCUGAUGCAUCCUGGGUUGGAGACACGGAACCACCUCCCGAGGAACUGGAGUUUUCCGAUGACGAGCAGGAACGCCUCCACAAACGAGCUGUACGUGCCAAACGCCGCAUGCCGGCCACUGAAAACGAUACUACUGCUGCCAUCGCAACUUCCGCAUCGCAAACACAGGCUAAUCGCUUGACACGCAAAAGUCGGCCUACACGGCCAGCCAACAAAGGGUUUCCAGCUGGCCGCAACUCUACUAUAUCGGAAAGAAGUUCGAACGCGGUUACAGGGAGUCCUGAGUUCUCUCCUGUAUUCCAGCCUUUUGGCGUACACGCACCACCGUUUACCGCACCACUGCCAUCGCAGCCCUUCUUCAGUCCGGCAUCUGUCAGUUUCAACCAACCACCGAGUUUGCCUCCCUUCAGUCAACCAGGGCCAUUCUCUGCCUCCCAGUCGUGUUCUCCGCCAUUCUGUUCAAGACCCGCAAGCGCAUAUGUGCAGACUUCCCCUCGUCCUUUUACGGCAUGGCCCCGUUUUUCCCCUGAUUCCAUGGGCGCUAUACAAUCAUUGGAUGUCGCUGCCGACUGGCCGCUAAGCGCGUACCGAAAUCCCGUGAUGAUUUCCCCGCCUCUAUGGUUCGGACAGGUCAGAACAGAAUAUCCAAUCAGUGCGACAACUCACGGCAUCCAAUCCGUAACUCAGGCUAGUCACAAUGCACCUAGCCAGUGGACCUUACCACCUCCUGCAUUUGCACGCCACUCCUUUUCUACUGAUUCCCUCAGUUUCUUUCCGCUCAACGUAUGAUGCCGAAUCCUCUACCUGCCCAUGCCAGAAUCAACACUAACGUUGCACCUGGAAUGACCCUGAAUGAGUGCUUUUAUCCGGUACGCUAC